UUGUAGUGUAACGCGUAAGCGCUGAAAGAAAUUAUUUCCCACCCUCCUUUGACCACUGCGGGCAUGUUCAGACGCGCUUGGAAACCCAUCGCGGCCUCCCUAGUCGUCGCAGGGCCUGACUAUUACUUCUAUACCUCCCGCGACCAAACAUUUGAACUUCCAGUACGACUGAAAGAUUCUGACGGCAAAAAACAAAUCGUAAUGAAGACUCUCCCAUUACUCCCAAUGACAUCCAUCAACUCCAGCCUCCGUGAAAGUGGUACAGCAGAUAAUAAAUCUCGGCCUUACGGUGUAACUUGGCAUCAUACGACGGCCGCUUUACCCUCAAAUGAUCCCAUUGAAGAUGCUCAUUCUCACCAGAUCAUACAGAGCGACGAUGGCAAAAGUGAUUUACUUUUCUUCAGUGUGUUCGAUGGUCACGGUGGACGAAACACCUCACAGCUUCUCUCGCGAACCCUCAUUAAUGCGGUCGCAUUGAAACUUUCGCAACUAGCCGCGAGUACCACUGCGUCUUCUUCGACGAAAUCUUUCACAGACGGUCUCUGGGCAAUAUGGUCAAAAUCGCCUUCGAAUUCUACUCCGACCUCCUGGGAUGUACCCAGCAUUUCGUCUGCCAUAGAAAACGCAUUCGUAGAAUUCGACCAAGUUCUACUAGACGCACCGAUAUCAAUUCUGAAACAAACACUGCAAGAGGGGAAUUUGACCGCGAAGUCUCCAGUACCGGACUUGAGUAGCAAUGCGUCCGGAAUUCAAACAAUGCAGGCAGCGAUAUCAGGUAGCUGUGCAUUAAUGGCGCUCUUUGAUACUGCGCAAAAAGAUCUGUAUAUUGCAUGCACAGGAGACAGUCGAGCUGUCGCGGCAGUCUGGAAACCAACAGCAGAUGGGAAAGGGACUUGGGAAGUAGAUGUUUUGAGCGAAGAUCAGAGUGCGAGGAACCCGAAAGAGGUUGAACGUCUACGGUCUGAACAUCCGGACGACGAGGCAGAUAACGUCGUGAUGAAUGGCCGCGUGCUAGGUGGUUUGGAACCAUCGCGGGCUUUCGGUGAUGCACGGUACAAAUGGCCUAUAGGGAUGCAAGAACUCUUGAAUCAAGUAUACAUGGCUGGCAAUGGAACCCCUCUGCGCAAACCACCAAGAACAUUCAAAACACCACCCUACGUUACCGCGCGACCAGUAGUCACUCACCGCAAACUCUCAUUCGAGGACCCGUCAUCACUGAGAUUUCUAGUGUUAGCCACUGACGGUCUUUGGGAUGUUUUAACCCCAGAAGAAGUCGUGACCCUAGUUGGCGGUCAUCUCGCCGGUCUGAAGGGCACAAUUCCAAAAUCCACUCUCCCCUCUCUAGUUCCAACGUCUGUAGCUAACGCUGGUGUUGACGGAAAGGCCGGUAAACAGUUGGCGCGUUCCACGAAGCAGGGCUCGUGGGCGUUUGUCGACGACAAUUUAAGCACGCACUUAAUCCGAAAUGCUUUGGGAGGUGGCGAUGAGAAGGAGUUAAGGCAGAUGAUGAGUAUACCGGCGGGAACGUCGAGGAGAUAUAGGGAUGACAUCACGGUGACUGUAGUUUGGUGGGAGGCGGGGAAGGAGAAUGAGGCGGAAAGUGUUAUAGUCAAAUCGAAAUUAUAGCCAUUCUAUCAUUAUUGAACACUCAGCGGGACUUCCAUGUGAGAUGUACUCUUAUGGAAUCAGAUAACCGAGGCGCUUAGCAAUUUCUUGCCUCUUAA